CGCAAUGUGAAUCCCACGUAGUUUUCUGUGUAAUUCUCUUCCUUUACCGGGCUUAACAAACACUGAUUUGCUGUCGUGGUGGACCUCGGCCUUAAUGGGUCGAAUAACACCUGCACGGCCGGCCAUGGCGUCGGCAUUGGCUCCAUCAUCAGGCGUAGGAGGACACUGUACACUCGAACUAUCUCUCCCAAGAUUCGAUCCCGACACACUCGUCUGGGUUAAAUGUGAGCCGGCUCUCGAUGGCGGCGAAAACCCUGCGCUGACUGUGUCGUCUUCAGUAGGGGGUGUCAGAGCCAGGGCGGGUGGUGGCUCGAGUAUGAUGGGCGUGUCAUUGCUAGGCGGUUGUUGCUGCUCUUCCUGUUGCUGCUCUUGUUCCCCCAACUCGUAAUCUUCACGACGUCUUCUAUCCGGUGUAUACCACCAGUCGGGAACGAAACUGAAAUCGAAUACAGAUUGUCUCGACAUUGUCAACCAAUUGUCUUAGUUGGGCUCUGCGUCACAUGGUUGUCUUGCAUCGUACAACACAAGGCGGUGCCUGAGAUUUUGUUUCUUUCUUCAACGCAACGGGCCUCCAACUCAGAUGCGUGCGCCACGAAUUUCCCCAAAGCUGCCACCGACGGACCCCAAAAGAGGACCUGGAGACUAGUUGUUACAGUCGGCGCAAUUUUCGGGGAGAGGCUGCAGAUUGACUUUCAGCUAAUGCCGGUGGCUGACGGGCUGCAAGAGAAGGCUCCCAGGGUCGACGAAGUCUCGUGCGUUUCUGUAUAAGUCAGACAACGUUGUAAAUCCGACUAGUGUUUCUCACAUAGACCAAAACAUCAUAGUCUUCAUUUCAACGCCUUUACUGCAUCACAGUUACAAAAUUAUUCCCUUCGAACGUCGACUGAGGGCUCACGGUCGCUCCCUCUUCAUGCAUGCGCCUCAAACUCGCCACCGCUGAUCGACAAGGCGGCCCGGUCCCAUGGCCGCUAGGCUGCCGCCAUUUAGCUGAAGUUUCAAAGUUGUGGUAAUUAAUACAGUGUAAAUUCGGUCUUGCGCUGGUUGUAGAGGCGAAAUUCUUCGCCAGCCCUUCCACAGACCCUGGUGCAGUGUGCCUGCUAAAGAAAGGUAUACUUGUCCCGUGUCAUGUCAUAAGAUCACUAGUAUGCCAUGGGCAGUGCAACGAGGCGAUGGAAUCUGUACCACCUUUCCAAAGACGCGCUGUAAAGAGAACUCACCAGUGAAGCGAAAUCAGUAACUUGUCUGGUGAUGCUUCUAAAGCCGUGGAAAAUCCCCAGCAUGCCUUCCCCUCAGCCACCAAAGACAGGCGUGUAAGGCAACUUUCUAGCACUCACAUGCUUCUACGGCGCUGUGCGACUCUCGAUUACACCGAAAACAGCCCUCCUACAGCCUACCUCUUCUCCUCACCCAGAGGUAGGUCUGCGCCUCCACGCUACUGUACAUAACCCCUACACAGCCCCUUCGGUCUGCAGUAGUUGCCCGGCUUUGCCCUACGCCUUUAGCUUGACAGACCAUAUGCCGACAUCGAAGAAUAGCGGAGUCAAUCGAAUAAUACAUUUUCAGCUUCUAGAAUGGAUCCACUCGUUCAAAAUGUGGUGAACAAUAGGUAUCUCCAACGGGAGCGGCUGCAGAUGCUGCUUGAGGAGCUAUUUCCGCCCAUGAUUGAGUUCGAAAUUACGCUUUCCAAUGGAAUAACCUCCUUCAUGGCACCCAGGAAAGUAACAGAGGUAAUGUUCUGGUACACCCUCGAGUUCCCCGUGUGAUGUUUAGGCUGACUGUGUCUGCCCCGUUUUCAGGCUGAGUUAAGGUAUGUGUCUAACUACGACCAUUCGUUUCAAUAGGCUAUGGGUUUUGACAAAAAGUGUUUUGUAGACGAGCUAGAAGUCCACGGCGUCCCACAUAACGCGAGCUGGUUGGCUGUGUACUGCGGUUUCGGCUCUGCAGUGUGGUUCUUUUUGUUGAGGGUGUACGCUUGGGUCAAGGUCGGGCGUUAUGAAUCUUGCUGCGGCUGCAAGGCGUACCCUCGGUCUUUUUCUGCAACACGCGAAUCCCGGAGGUCAGGCAUAUCUGGCUGCAUGUAUAUACUCUUCAGCAUUUCUCGCCUAUCAAAUACAGGCUAUUCCGUAUCCAGACAAGACUCUCAAGCCUCCACAACAUUACUCCAUAUUCCACUAUGACGUCUCUAGAUUUGGAUAAGUCGUGCGUGGAGGACAUGUACCACCCCUUGGUUCUGCUCGAUGUGGUUACCGACGGCACCGAACGCCACUGUCGAGAAAGAAAACUCCUCACCCAAGCGGAUGUAUCUGAUUAUAUCGAUGCCCCGAAUCAUCAAGAUUAUUCUUGUAGACUCAUAUCAAUUUGCCAAGCAAAUUCCUGGCACCCAUUGGAAAUUACCAAGCCAAUCCUUCUUUCCCUUUUGAACGGGCAUGGAUUCAGUCAAAAUGUAUAUGACUUGAUUUCAUGCUUCUAUUUGCGCGAUUCUGACUCGGAGGAUGCAUACUGCGUUCCAUUUACUGUAUCAAGCAGCUCAUCCUGGACAGAAAUCCAGUACUCUAUUCGGUAUCCAGAGUACAAAGAGCACGCGGGCGAGUGGGCCUUGAGACAAACCGCCGUGUGUCAUCGCAUCAACACAAGGACGAAACAGAGCAUCAUCCUACUGAUCAGCCCAACGCCGGACUCAAGAGGUCACAAUAUUUUGUCUCGACACCUCACUCGCUCUGAUGUAUUCAGCGGCAUCAAAGCUUGCUGGAUGUCGGCACACCAUGCCCUUUUGAACGGAUACCUCCCGGCCUGGAGAGGAUUCAAUGCCUUUCAUGAAGAGAAGUUUUUGCCAAUAAACAAUGGCACCUUUGUCUCAUACAUCGAAACUAAGAGGCUUCCGAUUGACUAUGGACAGCUCAGCUCCCUGCUCGGCAUCCUAGCUCGAGUCACCACCAGCACAACACUUCUUACGGGGGCGACAGAGCUUAUGGUGGAAAUGAAAAACUUUCUUGCAACACGUAAAGACGUAAUAGAAAGUAUUACCGUGUCGGAAAGACUCAUCAAUGCUACAGAUAAUCUGCGACGGCGAUGUGCGGCAGAUUUUAGGGUAGCCAACUUUCUGGAGGAGCGCAUCAAGUCGUCGUCUACCCUGCUUGCUCAGACGCUGGCUUUUCGAGAUCAAGAGAUAGCUAAGGAGCAGAACGCCACUAUGCUGGAGCUUAACAAGUCGGCCGUCUUUCAGAACGCCAAUAUGCUGGAGCUCAAUAAGUCGGCCGUCUUUAUCACAAUGCUGUCGCUUGUGUACGCCCCGGCGUCCUUUGUAGCAACUUUUUUCGGUAUGAACUUUUUCGCUAUGGACCAGGAAAACAGCCGAAUUGUUUGUACUUCCAUGGUUUGGAUAUAUAUACUGAGCACGGGCCUAUUGACUGGAAUAACAGUCAUGUUGUAUUUUUGGCUCAUCCAGAAUGACAAGGUGCUCUCUUGGAAGGGGCGCCUCGAACUACGAGCUAAGGGCAAGUGGCUGGCCCGAAAGAUGACUUUAAAUAGAAGCGAUAGCGCGUCGCAGAGAGUAUAAAAUAGUUGAAGGACAAGAGAACGAUAAUAUAUGUCGCUAAUUAAGACGAAUGAGGAACCUCGACCUUGUAGACUGUUGCGCGGCUGGCGCCGGUAAACGAAGUAAUAAGGACUUUGUCCAUAUCCUCCAUGCUCUCUUUGAUAACCGAAACCUCAUCUCCCAUUAUGAGUCCGGGUAGGACACACAACGCUGUAACUGAGAGCUUUGAUCGAAUUUGCAUGCGGAUUAGCAUCAUUUUUCUAUCAGAUGACUUAUAUCCUAAAGCCAGCAGCGUUCUAUCUUGGCCACUGCAAACCAGUUUAGUAAUACGAUAGUCAAGAAUGUCCCAUUCCGAUUUAUGGGCAUUUGAAUCCGUUGAAAAAGAUUCGAUAUGCAAUUUUUUCGUUCUUGUGACGACCGCACAAUUCAACUUGGAGUUCUUCAAUAAGCAAAACGUAGAAAAGAAUCCAGCUGUAGUGGAAAC